AUGACUUUGGAAAUGAAGGAUGGAGUUAGUUGCAGUAGCUUUACGGUACAGAUCAGUGCCAAUAGUGCCAUCUUCCCUAAUCGUGAUCGUGAUAUCCAGGAAAUCAAUACUCACCUUACUAAUGGUAUGUGUGAGUUUGAUAUUAAGAUGAUCCCAGAGAACGUGUCUGCUUUACCUGGAUUAAGUCGGAAUUCGGCGUCUGUAAGGCCGGGAGAGGCUGGAAACGGGGGCAACGGGAACGGCUCAGAAGCGACGAGAAGAGUCAGAGCCGGGCAGCUGUGUGUGGAGGAUGUUCCCACAAUGGUGCUGUGCAAACCCAAAAUCUUGCCUCUGAAAUCUGUUACCCUAGAAAAACUGGAGAAGAUGCAGAGAGAGGCCCAGGAGGCGAUUCGUCGGCAAGAAGCAGUACAGAGUGACCCGCCCCCCGGCCCAGAGUGACUGCCAGGAUCGAGCAGAGAUAGAACCGCCGGGAUCGAGCAGAGAUAGAACCGCCGGGAUAGAGCUGCUUCUCAACUGCCUCUACAUCUCUGCAGCUUCCACCAACACAUGAGUAUUAGAGACUAGAGCAGCAGCUCCAGGGGAAAUGUAUUCGUCUUCGGUGCUGCCACAUUACAAAAAACUCCUUGAAUUGGAACAUGAGGAUAUACAGUACCUUUAUACUUAUAUUGUAUACUUUAUACAGUAAUUCCUACACUCAUGCUACUUACACUGUUUAUCAGCCACUCAUUUUAUAUUGAUUCCCAGUCAUUUGUAGCACAUUACUUUUAUUGUAUUAAAAUGUUAAAAAGCA